AUAGCCUGGCCCAGCUUCUUACUCUCUCUCUCUCUGCUUCUUCACUGCAGUGUGACCAGAGGCUCUGCUCCUUCUAUAAUACCUUGCCUGCCUGGAUGGAAUUUAUCCCUUCCAACUUGUGACCAGAGGCUCUGCUCCUUCUAUAAUACCUUGCCUGACUCGAUGGAAUUUAUCCCUUCCAACUGCACAUGUCUGGUGACCAUGGAGGCCAGAAGAGGGCGAUAGAUCUCCCUGAAACUGGAGUUAAAGACCACUGUGAACUGCCAUAUGGGUGCUGGAAAUGGAGCCCAGGUCCUUGGGAAGAACAUCCAGUGUUUGUAACCAUCAAGCCCCCAAAGCUACAGUUACUGAGUCAGAACUAAGAAAGUUGGAUAAGAUUAGCAGUGCUGCAUGGUGGAGCUCUAAAAUGGCGGAGCAUGGGGAGGCCUCUGAGGAUCAAGUUUCUGAAUUUGAUUAUAAAUUUCUCCCUGAACUUUCUGUUCUUCUUGGAGUGGAUGCAGUUCAGCUGGCAAAAAGAAAAGAAGAAGAAGAGUGUAAGGAAAGAAUGAAAAUGAAGAAAGGUUUUAACUCGCAGAUGCGCAGUGAAGCCAAACGACUAAAGACUUUUGUGACCUAUGACACAUUCAGAUCAUGGACGCCACAGGAGAUGGCAGCUGCUGGAUUUUACUACAUUGGGGUGAAACGUGCGGUCCAGUGCUUUUGCUGUAGCUUAAUCCUCUUUGGUACGAGCCUCAGGAAACUUCCCAUAGAGAGCCACAGGAAAUUACGACCAGAAUGUGAGUUCCUUCUGGGCAAAGAUGUUGGUAACAUUGGCAAGUAUGACAUCCGGGUGAAGAGUCCAGAGAAGAUGCUGAGAGGUGACAAAGCAAGGUACCAUGAGGAGGAGGCUAGACUGGAGUCCUUUGAGGACUGGCCAUUUUAUGCCCAUGGUACAUCACCAUGUGUACUCUCGGCAGCUGGCUUUAUCUUUACAGGUAAAAGGGACACUGUGCAGUGUUUCUCCUGUGGUGGAUGCUUGGGAAACUGGGAAGAAGGAGACGACCCCUGGAAGGAGCAUGCCAAGUGGUUCCCCAAAUGUGAAUUUCUUCAAAGUAAGAAAACCUCAGAGGAAAUUGCCCAGUAUAUCCAAAGCUACGAGGGAUUUGUUCAUGUAACGGGAGAACAUUUUGUGAAUUCCUGGGUCAGAAGAGAACUACCUGUGGUGUCAGCUUACUGCAAUGACAGUGUCUUUGCUAAUGAAGAACUAAGGAUGGACACAUUUAAGGACUGGCCCCACAAAUCACCUUUGGCUGUUGAAGCUCUGGUCAGAGCAGGCCUUUUCUACACAGGCAAAAGGGACGUUGUCCGGUGUUUUUCCUGUGGAGGAUGUAUGGAGAAGUGGGAAGAAGGUGAUGACCCAAUAGAAGAUCAUACCAAGCUUUUUCCCAACUGUGUAUUUCUUCAAACCCUGAAGUCCUCUGCAGAAGUGAUUCCAGACCUUCAGAGCCAGUUUGUACUUCCAGAAAUCAUGGAAACCACAAGUGAAAGCAACCACGAGGAUCCAGCUACAGUCCAUCCUACAGUGAUGGAUGUUGCUCCAAGUGAAGCCCAGGAGCUUGAACCUGUAUCCAGCUUUGUGUCUGUUCGCUAUAGAGACCAGGAUCAGAAAGAAACCCAAGGAUGGGGAUGUGCAUCCAGGGGGUCCUAUCUUCCCUCCACAGACUUGACUCAGAGUGAAGCCCAGUGGUUUCAAGAGGCCAGGAGUCUGAGUGAGCAGCUGAGAGACACCUACACCAAAGCCACUUUCCGCCACAUGAACUUGCCAGAAGUGUGCUCCAGCCUUGGCACCGACCACUUGCUUGGCUGCGAUGUGUCCAUCAUUUCAAAGCACAUCAGCCGGCCAGUGCAAGGGGCCCUGACAAUCCCCGAGGUCUUCUCCCAUCUCAGCUCUGUCAUGUGUGUGGAGGGGGAAACUGGCAGUGGAAAGACAACCUUCCUGAAGAGAAUAGCUUUUCUCUGGGCAUCAGGAUGCUGUCCCCUGUUGAACAGGUUCCAGCUGGUCUUCUACCUCUCCCUUAGUUCCAUCACCCCUGACCAGGGACUGGCUAACCUCAUCUGUGCCCAACUCCUAGAGGCAGGAGGAUGCAUUAGUGAAGUGUGCCUAAGCAGCAGCAUCCGGCAGUUACAACACCAGGUGCUGUUCCUGUUGGAUGACUACAGUGGGCUGGCCUCACUCCCCCAAGCCCUAGACACACUGAUCACAAGAAACUACUUGUCACAGACCUGCUUAUUGAUCGCUGUGCAUACAAACAGGGUCAGGGACAUCCGCCCAUACCUAGAUACAAGUCUAGAGAUCAAAGAGUUUCCCUUCUAUAAUACUGUCUCUGUGUUACGGAGGAUUUUCUCCCAUAAUAUAACACGUCUACAGGAGUUUAUGGUUUAUUUAGGAAUGAAUGAAGAUUUACAGGGAAUUCACAAAACCCCCCUCUUUGUGGCAGCAGUCUGUACUGACUGGAUUCAAAAUCCAUCGGACCAACCCUUUCAGGAUGUGACUCUUUUCAAGUCCUACACGCAGUACCUGUCGUUAAAGCACAAAGCUACUGCUGAGCCUCUCCAGGCCACCAUGUCCUCAUGUGGGCAGCUGGCCUUGACAGGGUUUUUCUCAACAUGCUUUGAAUUCAGUAGUGAUGACCUGGCAGAGGCAGGAGUUGAUGAAGAGGAAGAGCUCACCACCUACUUGAUGAGCAAAUUCACUGCCCAGAGACUGAGACCAGUCUACCGGUUUUUAAGUCCUCUGUUUCAGGAGUUUCUUGCUGCCAUGAGGCUGACUGAACUGCUGGGUUCAGAUAGGCAGGAAGACCAAGAUCUGGGACUUUAUUAUCUGAGAAAAGUUAACUCACCCUUGAAGGCUAUGACCACCCACAAAAAUUUUUUGAAGUAUGUCUGCAGCCAUCCUUCCUCAAAGGCAGGGCCAGCAGUUGUAUCUCAUUUGCUUCAGUUGGUGGAUGAGAAAGACUUGCUAGAGAACAUGUCUGAAAUUGAGGAAUAUGUAAAUCGCCCUCCAGAAACUUCCCGGAUAAGUCAGGCAAUUAAGGAACAGUGGCAGCUGUCUCCUGAAUCUUUAUCUUCAUUAAUUUCAGAAAAUUUAUUGAGCAUUGCUCUAACCUUUGCUUAUGAAAGCAACACAGUUGCUGCAUGCUCUCCAUUUGUCUUAAAGUUCCUUCAAGGGAGAACACUGGCUUUGAAAGUACUGAAUUUACAGUACUUUAGGGACCACCCAGAAAGUGUGUUACUGGUGAAGAGUUUAGACCUCUCCAUACAUGGACAUAAAAUUCCACCUGUUAAAGACUACUCAGUCAUGGAAAAAUGUUAUGAAACAUUACAGCUACCAACUAUAGAUCAGGACUAUGCAUCUGCCUUUGAAAAAAUGAAGGAAUGGAUAAAAAAUUUAUCUGAAAUUGAAAAGAACAUAACAAGUUUUAUGAAAAACAAACUUUUGAAUCCACCCAAAAUAAGCUCUGGCUAUUGGAAACUGUCCCCCAAGCCAUGCAAGAUCCCUAGACUGGUUGUUUCAGUAAACUACAUGGGUCCAGCUGACCAAGCACUGCUCCAGGUCCUAAUGGAAAUCUUCUCAGCUUCACAGCUUAUCGAGCUCCAAUUAUUCAACAGCAGUGACUUUCUUGAAAGCAUCCGCCCAGCUCUGGAGCUGAAUCAGACCUCUGUCACCAGGUGCUCCAUAUCCAGGCUGGAGCUCAGCACAGCAGAACAGGAGCUGCUUCUCACCCUGCCUGCCCUGCAGACCCUUGAGGUCUCAGGGACAAACCAGUUACCAGAUCAGCUCUUCCGUAACUUGGACAAGUUCCUGGGCCUGAAAGAACUGUCUGUGAGACUAAAUGGCAAAUCAGAUGUGCUCUCAGUCCUUCCUGGAGAGUUCCCAAACCUCCAUCACAUGGAGAAAUUAUCCAUCGAAACUUCCACAGAGUCUGACCUCUCCAAACUAGUUAAAUUGAUUCAGAACUCUCCAAAUCUCCAUGUUUUCAAUCUGAAAUGUUGUUUCCUUUCAAAUUGUGAGUCUCUCAUGGCUGUGCUUGCUUCCUGCAAGAAACUCAUAGAGAUUGAGUUAUCUGGACGAUGCUUUGAAGCCAUACCCUUUGUCAACAUUUUGACAAAUUUUGUUUCUCUGAAGAUAUUGAAUCUUAAAGACCAACAUAUUCCAGAUAAGAUUACAUCAGAAAAGUUUGCCCAGGCUCUGGGUUCUCUCAGGAACCUGGAGGAACUGCUCCUUCCCUCUGGGGACGGGACUCACCAAGUGGCCAAACUGAUUGUCCAGCAGUGUCUGCAGCUUCCCUGCCUCAGAGUUCUCGCCUUUCACCACAUCUUGGAUGAUGACAGUGUGAUUGAAAUUGCCAGGGUGGCAACCAGAGGAGGUUUCCAGAAACUUGAGAUCUUAGAUCUUUCAGUGAAUCACAAAAUUACUGAGGAAGGAUACAGAAAUUUCUUUCAAGCCCUGGACAACCUGCCUAACCUACAAGAGUUGAAGGUCUGCAGGCAUAUCCCAGAAUGCAUUCAAGUUCAAGCCACCACUGUCAAGGCUCUGGGUCAGUGCAUGUCCCGUCUGCCCAGCCUCACCAGGCUCGGGAUGCUCAGUUGGCUCCUGGAUGAAGAGGACAAGAAAGUGAUUAAUGAUGUGAAGGAAAGACACCCUCAGUGCAGACGCUUGACUAUCUUGUGGAAAUGGAUAGUCCCGUUCUCUCCUGUAGUCCUGGACUAAAGCAUGCUCCUGAAGGCUACUGACAGUUAGAAAUACCUGGGCUUUUUGCACUUUAGCUGGACAUGGUGUUGCACUCUUGUACUUUCAACAUUUAGGAUACUGAGGUGUGAGAAUCAAGAAGUUCAGACCAGAUCCUGUCUCAAAGCUAAAGAUAUAACUAAUCAUCCUAUUAAAGAAUAUUUACUAACUGUAGACUAUUUAUUACUACUUUUUUUUAAAAGCCUGCAUGCUCACUAUUGAAUUUAGGAGCUAUGUAUGCCUUGGUAGUCCUUACAUGGUCCUCCCAUCUAAAGACUACAGCUUCAGUCAAGUUUGUAUAGAGAACCGUCAAUCACCAAGGUCAACAAGCAGUAGCUGGGAAUAGAACUUUGGUCUAAGUAGAAUCCACAACAUGGAAGCAAUGUUUGAUGGAUGCUGAGGUAGUGGGAGAAGAACAACAAACAGCUUUAGAACUCAUGGAACUCAGCCCCUGGUUAGCACCAUCUCAAGGAUGUGCCUCAGAGAGGACUCUGGGUCCUGCGGACUUCAUGCUGUCAUAGAGGUUUCCUCUGCUUGCUGCCCUCACACUGCAUCCUCAUGAUCUGUGAGUUAUAGGAGAACUCUAAGGGAGCUUACAAGCCCUCACUGGGCAGUGUCAUUGGCACUGACAACAGUGCUUGAUCAUCUUCAAGCAUUGCUGCUGGAGCAAAUCAAUGAUUCAAUCACCACCCCUGGAAAGAUCAUAGAAAUGUAGGUUGUUAGAAAAGUUAGGUUAAGCUGUUUUGUUAAUGUAUAACAAGUUGCUUAGUUGGGAAUGCAUGUGGCUCUUGGGAAUAAUUGUUUUUUCACUUGUAACAUGUAAAAUAUUUGUUCAUGUGAUGGUCUUGGGGAACAUGAUUUCUCUUACAUACACACACUGUAAUUGUUCACUAGAAGAAAAAUAGAAUAUGGUCAUGUUGUAAUUUCGAUACUUCUUGAAAGAUGUUUCUGGGAUACAUAAGCUGUGGGAGAAAAAAUAAAGUUGUUGCUUGCUCA